AUGCUGAGGCCUUUACUCGAGAGGUUUCGGCAUGAGGAGGCUGAGCAGGGAGACAGGGUGAAGCAGACAAAUGAUGCCUUAGGGGCGACGUGGAAUUGGCUCUACUUCAUCCCACUCAUUAUCAUUGGCUCCUUCUUUGUGUUGAACCUGGUGCUCGGAGUCCUGUCUGGCGAAUUUGCCAAGGAGCGGGAGAGGGUGGAGAACAGGAGGUCGUUCCUGAAGCUGCGCAGGCAGCAGCAAAUCGAGCGGGAGCUGAACGGUUACCGAGCGUGGAUUGACAAAGCCGAGGAGGUGAUGCUGUUGGAAGAAAAUAAAAACGCUGGGGAAAAAUCCGCACUGGAUGUCCUUAGAAGAGCAACAAUCAAGAAGGGACGAAUGGAGAUGAUCCACACAGAAUCGAGUGACGACCACUACACCGAAAUCUCUUCUGUCGGUUCGCCAUUAGCGAGGGCCAGCAUCAAGAGCACCAAGCUGCUGGAGGGCUCGUCCUAUUUCCACCGGAAAGAACGCAUGCUGCGCAUCUCCAUCCGUCACAUGGUCAAGUCCCACGCCUUCUACUGGAUUGUCCUGAGCCUGGUGGCCCUCAACACAGUAUGCGUCGCUAUUGUCCACUAUGACCAGCCUUUGUGGCUCACCAACUUCCUCUACUAUGCCGAGUUCACCUUUCUGGGACUCUUUCUCUUCGAGAUGUUUCUGAAGAUGUACGGCUGCGGUCUGCGACUAUACUUUCACUCCUCCUUCAAUUGCUUUGACUGUGGGGUGAUUAUCGGCAGUAUAUUUGAUGUGGUUUGGACCAUGAUUCGCCCAGAGACAUCGUUUGGUAUCAGUGUACUCCGAGCACUGCGACUGCUCAGGAUAUUUAAAGUCACAAAGUACUGGGCAUCUCUGCGCAACCUGGUUGUUUCAUUAAUGAGUUCAAUGAAAUCCAUCAUCAGUCUGCUGUUUCUUCUCUUUCUCUUCAUCGUUGUGUUUGCACUGCUGGGGAUGCAGCUCUUUGGUGGACAGUUCAACUUUGAGGAUGGCACCCCACCGACCAACUUUGACACCUUUCCUGCGGCGAUCAUCACAGUGUUUCAGAUUUUAACGGGUGAGGACUGGAAUGAGGUGAUGUACAACGGCAUAAAAUCCCAGGGCGGAGUGAACUCAGGAAUGUGGUCAUCUGUCUAUUUCAUUGUCCUUACACUCUUUGGAAACUACACCUUGCUCAAUGUCUUCCUGGCCAUCGCUGUGGAUAAUCUGGCCAAUGCCCAAGAGCUAACAAAGGAGGAGCAGGAAGAAGAGGAGGCCAUCAACCAGAAACACGCGCUGCAAAAAGCAAAAGAGGUCAGCCCGAUGUCCGCACCUGGCUUCCCUUCGACUGAGAGGGAAUUUCGGAGGCACAAACACAUGUCUAUCUGGGAGGCCAGAACCAGCCAGCUGAGGAGACGGAUGCAGAUGAGCAGCCACGAGGCCCUCUUUGCUGAGGCUUUGCAAGGGCUGGAGGGGAGCAGGUACAGGAGGCACCGUUCCAGGGUCUAUGAGGGUGAAAGCCUCCGGCGUCUGGCUGAGCAGAGGGCCAGGGAGGCCGGAGAGGGAGAGGCUGGUAAGCGAGAGGGCUUUAAGAGUCUGUCGCUUCGCAACAACUGGCAACCCACGGGAGAGAACAAGGAAAGCCCUUCCCCCAAAGUCAACGGCGACCAGGAGUGCAACCAGGGCAAAGCCUAUAACCGGCAGGCAGAGAGCAGGCAGAGCCUCACACUGGACGAACCCGCAAGGCUGAAGAGGAGGUACCGAUCGCUGUAUAAGGAGGCCAAGCUGGGCCUGGAGGAAAGCGACGAGACCAAUCUCAGCCACAACAGGGCCAGCAACAGCAAAGAGGACGGGCUGCCUCCGCCCAAGGAGCAAGAGGAGACUGGCCCGCCAAGCCACAGCCCCAAGGAGAAAGGUGCCCGUGAGCCGACAAAGGCACACUCCUGGAGAGGGAGACCCCACACAAGCCGCCUGAAUCAACAGUCGGGCGCCAACACGAACAUACCCACAGCGCAAGUGGGGGCAGAGAGCGCCAGAGUCGCAGGGAGUGAAAAUCCAGACAGUACGAGAAACAGCAAGAUCGAUAAGCAGCAAAUCAACGAGCAGACCAGCUUGCUCAAUCUGCAGCUGGAUCUAAAAAACACGCCCGCAUCGCCGCGGCUGACUGAGUCGGCAAGUUGCAAUAACCGGGACCAGGAUAAGUCUCGUGAUCAGACGGAGGUCGAUGUGGACUGCGAAAACACUGAGACCCCCAUGGAUUCCCUCGUCGCACCAGGGAACAACCCGAGUAAAUGCAGCAGCAACAGCUCAGUCAAGAACGAGGUGAAAAAGUCCCGAACAAUUCUUCCCUACAGCUCCAUGUUCCUCUUUAGCACGACCAAUCCGCUGCGCAAGGCGUGUCACUUCGUCGUGAACCUGCGGUACUUUGAGAUGUGCAUCCUGCUGGUGAUCGCAGCCAGCAGUAUAGCUCUGGCCGCAGAGGACCCCAUUCACAAAGACUCCGAAAGGAACCAGGUGCUCAGGUACUUUGACUAUGUGUUCACUGGAGUCUUCACAUUCGAAAUGGUGAUAAAGAUGAUCGACAUUGGUUUGAUAUUCCACGAAGGCUCGUAUUUCCGCGACGUUUGGAACAUUCUGGAUUUUAUUGUGGUCAGUGGGGCCCUGGUUGCAUUUGCGUUCACGGGCUCCAGUGGAAAGGACAUAAACACAAUCAAGUCCCUCCGUGUUCUGAGAGUUCUCAGGCCCCUGAAGACUAUUAAGCGGCUUCCCAAAUUGAAGGCGGUGUUCGACUGCGUGGUGACAUCACUGAAGAACGUGUUUAACAUCCUGAUAGUCUACAAACUCUUCAUGUUCAUCUUUGCAGUGAUCGCCGUACAGCUCUUCAAGGGCAAGUUUUUCUACUGCACAGACAGCAGCAAGCUCACUAAAAAGGAAUGCAGAGGCCAGUAUGUGGUCUAUGAGACCGAGAAUAAAGUAGUGGAUCGUGAGUGGAAACGUUACGACUUUCACUACGACAACGUCAUCUGGGCCCUGUUGACACUGUUCACUGUCUCCACAGGAGAGGGCUGGCCUCAGGUCCUGCAGCAUUCAGUGGAUGUGACGGAAGUAGACCAAGGACCCAUUCCGGGGAACAGAAUGGAAAUGUCCAUCUUCUACAUUGUCUAUUUCGUUGUCUUCCCCUUCUUCUUCGUCAAUAUCUUUGUGGCGUUGAUCAUCAUCACUUUCCAGGAGCAGGGAGACAAGAUGCUGGAGGAGAGCAGUCUGGAGAAAAAUGAGAGAGCCUGCAUCGAGUUUGCCAUCAGUGCCAAACCCUUGACAAGAUACAUGCCACAGAACAGACAGACCUUCCAGUACAGAGUCUGGCACUUCGUGGUGUCCCCUUCCUUCGAGUACACCAUCUUGACGAUGAUAGCACUAAACACCGUUGUCCUCAUGAUGAAGCAUCAUUCCCCACCACCGGGCUUCGUUACUGUCCUGAAAUUUAUGAACAUCGCCUUCACCAUCAGCUUCACACUUGAGUGUGUCCUCAAAAUCAUUGCCUUCGGAUUCCUGAAUUACUUCCGAGAUUCCUGGAACGUAUUUGACUUUGUGACGGUGGUGGGCAGCAUCAGUGAGAUCAUCGUUAACGAGUGCAAACUGAAGUUUGUGAACCUGAGCUUCCUGAAACUGUUCCGUGCUGCUCGACUGAUCAAGCUGCUGCGCCAGGGCUACACCAUUCGGAUUCUCCUCUGGACCUUUGUGCAGUCCUUCAAGGCCCUCCCAUAUGUCUGCCUGCUGAUUGCCAUGUUGUUCUUCAUCUACGCCAUCAUUGGGAUGCAGCUCUUUGGAAACAUCGGCCUGGAUGACAGUACCCCCAUUAACCGACACAACAACUUCCACACUUUCUUCAAUGCUUUGAUGCUGUUGUUCAGGAGUGCGACAGGGGAGUCAUGGCAGGAGAUCAUGCUGGCAUGCCUGAGUGAGAAGAGAUGUGAGGGUUCCUCAGAGCACCGCUGUGGCACCGACUUUGCUUAUUUCUAUUUUGUCUCCUUCAUAUUCCUCUGCUCGUUCCUUAUGCUGAACCUGUUUGUGGCCGUCAUCAUGGAUAACUUCGAGUACCUGACCCGAGAUUCAUCGAUCCUGGGCCCGCAUCACCUCGAUGAAUUUGUGCGAGUCUGGGCUGAGUAUGAUCGAGCUGCCUGCGGCCGAAUCCAUUACACUGACAUGUAUCAAAUGUUGACCCUUAUGUCACCGCCGCUGGGUCUGGGGAAGAAAUGUCCUUCGAAAGUGGCUUACAAGAGGCUGGUAUUGAUGAACAUGCCUGUGAGUGAUGACAAGACUGUUCAUUUCACUUCCACCCUCAUGGGCCUAAUCAGGACAGCACUUCACAUCAAGCUUGCAAAAGGUGGAGCAGAUAAGCAGCAGUUAGAUGCAGAGUUACGAAAGGAAAUUAUGACUAUCUGGCCUCACCUCUCUCAGAAGACACUAGACCUCCUAGUUCCCAUCCAUAUGCCCACUGACCUUACAAUCGGCAAAAUCUACGCUGCCAUGAUGAUCAUGGAUUACUACAAACAGAGUAAAACCAAAAAAUACCAACAGCUACAGGAGGAGCAGAGUCGAACGCCGAUGUUCCAGCGGAUGGAAGCUUCAUCUCUGCCUCCACAGAUUAUCUCCAGUACCAAAGCACUGCCUUUUCUACACUCAGACAUGGGCCAUGACAUGGAUAGCAGAAGUGAGUUUGCCCCCCUGGUGCCCUUGCCCCCAUCGAUUAUGUUCCAGCAUAGCAGGACGUCAGCACGGCAAGCAGACGAAUUUCGUGACCAGCGGCUAAAGGAUCUAGAGAAAGGAAAAUUGGAAUAUCCCCACAACAGCCAUUACCUCCCCAUCGAAAACCAAGGACGGGCUGUGUCAAUGCCACGACUGGAGCUGGAGUCUGAGUCGACGGAAGGCAGAAGCCCAAUGAAACGUUCGUUCUCCACAUUUGCUGGCCAUCACUUGAGUGGGAGCUGGCUCAGUGAGUACUCACUCGAGAGAGCCGGCCCAGACGACCUGUACCAGAAACGGGGAUGCAGACCGCUAAGGUCAUCCGGCAAGUCUUCAACUGCAGCGCUCCGAACAGCAGACAUCCCUUACAUAGACAGCCUGGACAGAAGCCGUUCAAAGGAAAGGAAACACUUGCUGUCACCUGAUAGAUCCCUGUGCACCUCAGCAGAACGUGCUCAGUAUCCACAGCACCAUCCCCGGGAUGAGAGGCUAUCUCGGUCCCCUAGUCUCGGCCAAUCUCGUUCUCACCGGGGACAGGCUAGCAGUCCAGCAAGUGACAGCCCCAUCCCUUCAACGUCUGGGACCAGCACGCCAAGACACGGGCGGCGGCAGAUCCCACAGACACCCCCGAAACCGCGGCCACACAUCUCCUACUCUCCGGUUGCCCAGCGGCCUGAGCCGUGGUCGCUGCUGCCCUCCUGUGAGCACGCCACGCCAAGGGGCAAGGGGGAGUGCCAGUACCAGUCGUUGAGGGUGCGGCCCAGCAAGGUCCUGUGGAGCGAGUCGCCGGGCCUGAGCGCCAAGAGCGAGAGCCAGCACUCGACACCGCUGCGCUACAUCUCUGAGCCGUCACUGAGCCUGCACGAGGAAGGGGGCAGCCUGGACCAGGAGCAGGGCCCCGGGGAGGAGACCCUCACUUUCGAGGCCGCUGUCGCCACCAGCCUCGGCCGCUCGCACACCAUCUCGUCGGCACCACCACUCCGCCACAGCUGGCAGCUUCCCAACGGCAGCUACCGCGCCAGGCUGGGGGCGUCCGGGCCACGGGCCACGGGCUCAGGGCCAGCUACCGUCAGCAGCGGGCCACCCCUCACUCUCACCGACCAGGGCCAGGAACAGGACCAGGACCAGGACGACCAGUGUUAG